UCAAGGACUCCAGGGACCACGGUACACACACACACACACACACACCCACAUUUAUGGCCACUACAUCUUGUUCCCCACACUUAUUUCCCUCCUUUUAUCACACGCACACAAAGUUGCCCCCACACCAGAACCAUCUUCGCAGUUUGUGCUAAUUGCCUUAGACACUGUAUGUUAACACUCUGCACUGACUAACACAGGGAGAGAAGGGAGACCAGGGAGUGCCUGGAAACCAUGGACAAAAGGGAGAGAAUGGAGAACCCGGACAAUCGACCACAGUCAACCUUGGAUCACAAUCUUCGUAUCCUCCUGGAACUCUGAAGGGAGGCGAUUUCUACAUCGGUGACAAGAUGCCCGGCGAUAAACUGUUCCAGGAGGGAGUAAUGACCUUCUACAACGAGGUGGAGAAGAUCCGAAACACCAUCUACGAAGCCCUGAAUCCCAACGGGAGCCAGGCAGCCCCGGCACGCACCUGCUAUGACCUCUUCCUCUGCAACCCAGACUUCCAAGAAGGUCACUACUGGAUUGAUCCUAACAUUGGUGGCAAGCAGGAUGCCCUCCAGGUAUACUGCAGCAAGCCGGGUUGCUCCUGCAUUGACCACUCACUCCAAGACAGCUCGGUGCCCACCUUCCAUGCCGAUGCUGGGGAUAAACCAUUCUCAGAACUAUCAAAGGGAUACGAGCUCUCAUGGCCAGUGCACAUUGACCAGAUAGCUCUGCUGCAGCUACUCAGCAGCUCAGCCACCCAAGAGUUCAGGUACUACGGCGGCACCGAAAAAGUCGACUUUGUAGGAGCAGAUGGAGAGCCACUUGUCGUCUAUGACGAUGAAAUGACAGCAUUGAAGUCAAGAACAGAUUACAUGCUGUCAGGUGAACCGGAACAGUUCCCAAUCCUAGACUUUACACCACAUGAUGACACCUUCGGUUUUGAGAUGGGCAAAGCAUGCUUCUGCGACGAGUUACAAUGAACACUGAACUCUACCUCUUAAGACUCUGUCUCUAGUUUUUCUUGUGUUCAUAGUGUAUUAUAUGUGCAUGCACACCAUCAACUUGCGCGCAUCUCUGACAAUGUAACGUUUAAUUUAUAGCUAAAAGCUGCAGGCCAGUGUCUGCGUUACAUCUCAUUAGCUACUGAUAACUACUUUUAUGUUGUGAGUUAUAGCUAAAUAUCACAGUUUAGCUAAUUGCUAUCAAUGUUGUUCUCAAUAGUUUUCUAAAAU